AUGAAAUGCGCUGCCACCGUCUUCUGUUACAACAGCAACAGAAAAAAAGAUUUCACUUUUCCAGCUAAAAGAAAUUCUCAAUUUGCUCUCCCUGGAAAAAGUAGGCAAUGGCGGCUGCGGCAGCUCCAGCAGCGGUGAGCGGAGGAGGCAAGGUGACUUCUCAAGCUUAUUUGGAGAGUAUGGCUGUGAAGGACACGAGGGUAUUAAUCGCUGAUCUCUGCCGCCAGUUCUACAACCUUGGAUGGGUCUCUGGGACAGGUGGCAGCAUCACCAUCAAGGUCCACGAUGAUUCCAUCCCUAAGCCUCAACAGCUUAUCUUAAUGUCCCCUUCUGGUGUGCAGAAAGAAAGAAUGGAGCCAGAAGACAUGUACGUCUUAGCCGAAAAUGGGUCUAUAUUGUCUUCGCCAUCUCCAAAGCCUUACCCAAAUAAGCCUCCUAAAUGUUCUGAUUGUGCUCCUCUUUUCUUGAAGGCAUAUGAGAUGCGUAAUGCGGGAGCUGUUAUUCACAGUCAUGGUAUUGAAUCUUGCCUUGUAACAAUGCUCAAGCCAUUAUCAAAAGAAUUCCGAAUUACUCAUAUGGAGAUGAUAAAAGGAAUCAAGGGUCAUGGCUAUUAUGACGAACUUGUAGUCCCAAUAAUAGAGAAUACAGCCCAUGAAAAUGAGCUUACAGAUUCUCUUGCUAAAGCCAUAGAAGCCUACCCUAAAACAACAGCUGUUCUUGUUCGUAACCAUGGCAUCUAUGUAUGGGGAGAUUCAUGGAUCAAUGCCAAAACUCAGGCUGAAUGCUAUCACUAUCUAUUUGACGCUGCAAUCAAACUUCAUCAACUGGGGUUGGACUGGUCUACUCCGAACCAUGGUCCACUUCAGGAUGCCAGAGCAAUUCUAGGUAGUGGAAUAAACACAUCUGUCAAGGCAGGUUUGAAGGAUUCAAAUCAUGGAACUGAGCCAUUGCCACGCUGCAUUGUCCUCGACAUUGAAGGGACUACUACUCCCAUUUCAUUUGUCGCCGAUGUUCUCUUUCCAUAUGCCCGUGAUAAUGUAGGGAGGCAUUUGUCUGCAACUUAUGAGACCGCAGAAACUCAAGAGGAUAUAAAAUUGUUGCAUUCUCAAGUUGAAGAUGACCUGGCCCAAGGUGUUGAUGGGGCUGUGCCCAUUCCGCCAGAUGAUACAGGAAAAGAAGAGGUAAUUGCAGCUUUGGUUGCUAACGUUGAAGCAAUGAUAAAGGCAGAUCGCAAGAUCACUGCCUUAAAACAAUUACAAGGUCAUAUAUGGAGAACUGGAUUUGAGAAAAAUGAAUUGGAAGGAGUAGUUUUUGAGGAUGUACCAGAAGCAUUGGAGAAGUGGCAUUCGUUGGGCAUAAAGGUGUAUAUAUAUUCUAGUGGUAGCAGGUUGGCUCAAAGACUUGUAUUUGGGAAGACAAAGUAUGGAGAUUUGAGAAAAUAUUUGUCUGGAUUUUUUGAUACUGCUGUGGGGAACAAAAAAGAAACACGCAGCUAUGUUGAAAUUUCGGAAUCUUUAGGGGUUGAUACACCAUCUGAGAUUUUGUUUAUCACAGAUGUCUUGCAAGAAGCUGUAGCUGCAAAAGGAGCAGGUUUGGAGGUUGCAGUCUCUAUCCGGCAAGGAAAUGCUCCUCUUCCAGACAAUCAUGGAUUCAAGACAGUUAACAGUUUUGCAGAAAUCUGAAAUGAGAUUUGUACUUGUGUAAUGACAACUAAAUAUAAUGUAAGCAUAAAUAAAAUUUAAUUUCAGCCUUUACUUUUA